AUGAUACGAGAAUGCAUUCACAAUCAUUCAACGUGCGGCAAAUGUGAUGACCCGGCACUCCCAGGUCGAGUUCUCUACAUCAAUGAAGGGAGAGUCCGUUUGUAUGAGACGACAGGAGAAAGAUCUCGCUACGCUGCUCUGAGUCAUUGCUGGGGAGACCAAGUCAAGCUACAAACAACAUCAGAGAAUUAUAAGGAGUUCAUCAGCGAAAUUCCAUGGGAUCAGAUUCCAAAGACAUUCCAAGAUGCCAUCACUUUUGCUCGAGGCCUUGACUUGGGUUACAUCUGGAUCGAUUCCGUGUGUAUUAUUCAAGAUUCCGAGAAUGACUGGCAGACACAGUCAGCCAAGAUGAAAGAGGUCUACGAAGGCGCAUACGUCACUUUGGCUGCGACACAUGGCGCUGCCAGCAAUGCCGGCUGCUUUGCAACAGCCGAAUGGCAACCGCAUAAAAUCGCCCAAGUCCUAGUUGGCUCCCAACUUAUUGAUUUAUUUGCUCGACGGAAGUGGCGCCAUUUGGAUAUGACACCGAUGAACUUGAAGGCGCCACCGGAUCUACUGUUGGGACGAGGCUGGGUGUUUCAAGAGAGGUUCUUGUCUCAACGCGUCGUCCACUUCACACGGAAUGAGCUUAUAUGGGAAUGCAAUACCAUUACCGCCUGCGAGUGUGGAGUAUUAGGCGAUGGCCGCGCGAACAGCCCAAAGAAGUCAUUUCGAUUGGACUCCUGGACAACCGUGGUCAACAAAUACACUGAGUUACGGCUUACCAAAGCCAAGGACCGACUACCGGCUUUGUCUGGGAUUGCAAAGACAUUUGCCCUCAAAGGUGGAAACUACCACGCUGGGCUUUGGGAAACAGACUUGCCCCACAACCUCUGCUGGUAUGCCCGGCAACCAUCGUCCAAGCGUCCGAAAGAUUCGGGAUAUCCUUCAUGGUCAUGGGCGUCAACUGCGAACUCUGUCACAAUGCCAUCCCUAGAUGAAUUCCCCAAGGAGUCUCGGGUGCGAAUCCAAUCAAUCCAGUGCGACUUGGCUGGUGUGGACCCUCAUGGCCAGGUGGUGAAAGGCCAGCUCAUCAUCAGCGGCGAAAUUAUUCCGGCGAGCACUUGUGACGUGUCGCGGCUGGGCCACUACCGACGAGAACAGGUUGUGUGGCUGCGCUUUCAUUCAGCCGCAGUGGAGUUGGAUGGCAAAGCAUACUUUUGCUUUUGGGACGAGCCCGUACGCUCGCCCGGACGCUCGCACUCAACUUCAGUAUACUGUAUGCAAGUGGUCACCGGUUGGUAUCUGGUUCUGAAGUGUCUAGAUAAGGCUUUGCAGACCUACAAAAGGAUCGGGCUUCUCAGAACCGAUACUGAACGCGGUUGGGUCUCUGAGGAAGAAGGAGGCGGAUCUGCAAAGCUUCCGACGUCGACAAUCACGAUCAUUUGGUGCUCUCUAUUCCUAACUUAUAUUUCAUACUGCCUUUGUAUCUCGGCAUCGAUAAAGGUGGGUAAGAGGAAAGAGAGUGUAAAAGCGGCGCUGCUCCGGUGA